UAUCACUACACCACCGUGCUAUCAGUUAUCAGUUAGUUGUAGUUAGUUACGAAUUGUCAUUUGAUUUUACCAUGAUUUUAUUGUCAUGUGAGGACGUAAAAGCAUUUUUAAUGAGCUUCACUGUCCCUUAGACUUGAUAGUUUUAUGGCUCAAGUGGAAAUCGGUGGAGCGACGAUGUCAGCCGAUCUAAUAAACACUCAUUUGCACGUGGGUCUGUGUUGAUUUUCAAUGUUUCAGCUUCAGCAUUGGCGUCUGGCACGGAUUUCACCAAACGUUUUAUCAACAACUAUUUUACCAAGUAUCUGGUCGACGUAUCCCAUUAUGGCAAUCUCUAAAAGUGCUGUAAGAUCAGCAGUAAUCGCAGGCAGUUGCGCUGCUGGAGGAAGUGUGUGUGGUAAACUCUCAGGGAUGGUAUUUUUCCCUGGCUCUUCGCAGUCUUUGAACUACAUGGUCCAGCUAUGUUUUCUUGGAAUGAUGCUUCUCUGUAACGCUUUUGUCUGGAAAUUUUACGCCACAGCCUUGCAAUCAUGCAGCUCAUCUUUGCCACCAACCCUUAUUAGCACAGCAUCCAAUUAUAUAAUCUCGGCUUUGAGUGGAUGCAUGUUAUUUGGAGAGACAACAUCCCUCCUUUGGUGGAGUGGUUCUGCCCUCAUUUUCAUCGGUCUAGGUCUCGUGACAACCUCAAGAGACUCAUCAAAAUCACAACAAUCAAAGAAAGAAAGUGAAAAAAAAUAGCCGCGUGAUUUUAUCUGAAUUUGUACAAAAAGUAAGUUCAGAAAUCAUCACUACUGUAUUUUCCAAACCUUAUCUUUUGAAGAGUUUCAAUUAUAUUUUUGCUCUGAAAAUCUGGAUGCUAAUAUUGUCUUUCAAUGGAAGGAGGCAAUAAAUGACAUCAAAACAAUACUGUCCCUCCUCUAUGGAACUGAGCAGUGGUAAGGAAUUUUUGCAGGGUAUUAUUUUAAUUUUCUUUGCAUAAAAGUUUGAGAAAAAAUCAAAAAGCUCUCUAAAAAGUUAAAACUGGGGAGCGAGAAAGUAAAAAUCAUUAUAGGAAGAUAAGGUAUUUUCUGAAAGGCAGAACCGCCUUAGAAAAAAACAAGAGCAAGUCGUUACCCAAUGUGUAACAGAGAAUUUGCUUAAAGUUUUUCGGUUUGUGACCCAACUUGCAAUACAACUUCCAACUUACUGAUCUUACAUGUAUACUCCAGUGUAUUACACAUGAAUAUCCAAAAGUUGAAAUAUGUACUUUUAAUAAAAAAAAUUUGCUAUUUUUCUAAA